AUGCGCGCCACGCGUGGGAGCGGGAAGCGCCCUGGGCCUUGGCGGUUCCCGGGAACGCACCUGCCUCACACGAUUCCAAGUUUCACUCGAUCGCGGGCGAGCUUGCACGUCCCGUCGGACCUUCCCCUAACCCCACGGCUACACGGAGGCCAGGGGGGACCGGAGACCCUCCCACGACGCCCGGGACCCCAGCUACGCGCCCGGCCCUCGGCGGCCACCGCUCGGUAUCGCCCGAAACUCAGCGCUCGGCCCCAUUGGCCGCGGCCGCCACUCCCCUCCCAGCCCGCGGCGUCGCCCCGGGAGCCGGGCCGCCCACCCGGCGCGGCCGAGAGGCUCGGCUCGGUGAGCGGCGCGAACUGGACACGGGGGCCACACUCUUACCUUGACUGGGGGGGGGUAAAGACCGUGCAGCCACCGAGACCACGACGACAGGCGCGCACGACCCUCGGGGAGAGACGCCCAGCCGGCCCGAGAGGAGGACGGGUCUCCGAAGACGCAGGGAAAUGGCGGCGCACGGGGCGAGCCCACCCUGCGCUAAUCCCCGGAGGACCCCGGCCGCCCGCCCGCUCGCCCGCUCGCCGCCCGCGGGCACGCCCCUUCAAGCCCGCCUCAAGCCCCGCCCCAAGGACGGGGUGCUCGGCUCUUAAAGGGGCGAUGGCGCCGCCCCGGAAAUCAGCCUCCCGAGACCGAAUUUAA